GAGCUGUAGUUCUUGCAGUCUGAGGUAGCCAGGCAAGAUCCGUUUAGCCGCUUAAUUAAGCGACCGACGUUCCACUCGCCUCGCUGAAAGUAACCAUGGCGGCGGCGGCGGCGGCGGCGGCUGUGUCGCCUGGUUUAGGAGACCAUUGGUGGGCCGAACUGCCUCGCCAUGUCGUGCUGAGUCGUCUGAAGGAGCAGGCCUCUGAAGCCGGGCCGGAGACGGAGCAAACCAGGCCAGCCCUCCCGAGGGAUCUGAUGUUUGGCAUCGGGGGAGAACUCUUCCUGUGGGACCGCGAACGUGCCGCCUUUUGCGUCCUCGGCCUGAGGCACCUUGGCGACGACCCGGACAGCUUGGCCUCAUACCAGAUUCUUCUCUGCAUUAAUUCACCCUUCUUUGAGGUGUAUCAAACUGUUUUAAGUCCUAUGCAGCAGCAUGUGGCUCUCAUAGGAACAAAAGGAUUAAUGGUGUUGGAGUUACCUAAACGUUGGGGAAAGAAUUCUGAAUUUGAAGGUGGAAAAUCUACCAUUAAUUGUAGCACCAUACCUAUUGCUGAAAGGUUCUUCACCAGUUCAUCAUCUCUGACCCUGAAGCAUGCUGCUUGGUACCCCAGUGAGACUCUGGAGCCCCAUGUUGUGCUAUUAACAUCCGACAACACAAUAAGGAUUUAUAGUUUGAGUUCACCACAGACACCUGUGAAAAUGAUAACUCUUUCAGAUGCUGAUGAGGAAACAUUGAGACUUAAUAAGGGGAGAACAUAUACAGCGUUGAUAGGAGAGACUGCAGUGGCAUUUGACUUUGGGCCUCUAGCAGUACUUCCUAAAAAUGUAACUGGACAGAGAGAGAAAGAGGAUGUGCUGGCAUAUCCUAUGUAUAUCCUGUAUGAAAACGGAGAGACGUUUCUGAUCUACAUUAAUCUCUUGCGCAGCACCAGUAACCUUGGCAAGCUGCUGGGCCCAUUGCCGAUGUAUCCUGCAGCUGAAGACAAUUAUGGCUACGAUGCUUGUGCAGUUCUCUGCCUUCCCUGUGUUCCUAACAUCCUAGUGAUUGCUACUGAAUCGGGGAUGCUUUAUCAUUGUGUGGUACUAGAGGGAGAAGAAGAUGAUGAACAGAUGUCUGUCAAAUCUUGGGAUUCCCGAACUGACCUUAUUCCAUCGCUCUAUGUGUUUGAGUGUGUUGAAUUGGAACUUGCUCUGAGACUAGCUUCCAGAGAAGGGGAAGAACCUAUAGACUCAGAUUUCUCCUGUCCAAUGAAAUUGCACAGAGAUCCCAAAUGCUCUUCUCGCUACCACUGCACACAUGAUGCUGGUGUACAUAGUAUUGGACUCCCUUGGAUCAACAAACUACACAAAUUCCUUGGUUCUGAUGAAGAAGACAAAGACAGUUUGCAGGAGCUUGGGGCAGAACAGAAGUGCUUUGUGGAGCAUAUCCUGUGUACCAAGCCUCUACCAUGCAGACAACCUGCUGCAAUCAGAGGGUUCUGGAUUGUCUCAGAUAUUCUGGGCCCGACAAUGGUUUGCAUCACCAGGACCUAUGAAUGCAUUACCAGGCCUCUUCUUUCCGCAGUCCACCCAACGUGCCCUCCGCUUCUGUGCACCAAGGAAGAGCCACAGACGUCUACCACACCUCUCCGCAUCCUAGCUGAAUCACAGGACUCUUUUGAGAAACAUAUCCGGAACAUCUUGUGUCGCACCUCUGCAAAUCCAUUGUUGCUGAAAGCUGCAGAUAAAGAGUCUUCCCCUCCCCCAGAAGAAUGCCUUCAGCUUCUAAGCAGAGCCACACAAGUUUUCCGGGAAGAAUAUAUUCUAAAACAGGACUUGGCUCGAGAAGAAAUCCAGCGAAGAGUGAAAUUGCUGCGUGAACAGAAAAAAAAACAGCUGGACGAUCUAAAGUGCUGUGGAGAAGAAAGGAAAAGCUUGAGGGAGAUGGCAGAGCGUUUGGCUGACAAAUAUGAAGAAGCCAAAGAGAAACAAGAGGAUAUUGUGAACAGGAUGAAGAAAGUUCUCCGUAGUUUCCACUCACAGCUGCCUGUCCUUUCCGACAGUGAAAAGGAUAUGAAGAAGGAGCUACAAACAAUACAAGAGCAACUGAGGCAUUUAGGCAAUGCUAUCAAGCAGGUUAAAAUGAAAAAGGAUUACCAGCAAAGAAAAAUGGAGAAGGGAAAUAGUCCACAGAAGCCGAGCAUCAACCUCAGCACCUAUCAGAGGAAAUGUAUCCAAGCUGUUCUGAAAGAGGAAGGAGAACACAUUCAGGAGAUGGUGAAACAAAUAAAUGACAUCAGGAAUCAUGUCACCUUUUAGUCAUCAGACUAAGGACUUACAUUUUUGGAAUAUUAAACGUAACCAGCUGCCUUUUUCCUAAUUUAUAAACUGAACUGUUUUUACAAAAAGAGCCACUAUUAAAUACUCGUUACUCAUGAUUGUAACGCAUGUUGCAGCAUUCUACAGAAGGUAUGAUGCUAAAGACAUUUGACUUCCGCCCUUUUGAUACUUCGUGGGGAAAAAUAAGGCAACUUUGUACUUCUUGUGACUUCAACUUAAAUAUAUGUUUGUGAUAACACACUGUUCAUUUCAAAAUAAAAAUCAAUACAACCACUGUA